AUGGUGCUCGACACUUCUUGGAAUCGAACGACAAUAGAGUUCGGACAUCGGGUACUCCUUCCUUCUUUUCCCCGACACUUACUGCUCGAUCGUUCAGGGAGUCACGCCGACGCACGUGGCAGCACUGGGCAUGGGCGCCGUCAACUGUCUGCUGAACGCGGUCAUCUGGAGUGCGUUCCGACGUUCCCCGCAACUCCUCACUAAACAUCACCUUCAUCUUUUCUACGCAUUCGCCGUCACCAACUUCUUCACAGGUACUCGUAUCUGGAAACCGGUUCUUUCUAGAAGACAAUAGAAGGCGUCACGUGUGUAGGCCAAGCGAUCAGAUGAUGUGUUUGUGUGUACAUCGAACUGACCACGACCACAAGGAACUUUUAGCAGAUUUAGCUUGUAGCCUGAGCCGGGUAAUCCGUUCUCCGGAAACUAGGAUGUUUUUGCCCGCCCGCCCCCGCACGCGAUCAACACAACAAUAACAAGUGCUUCUGUUCUCCCCGGCCUAAUCCUCUGCUCUUUUGGCAGGUUUCUUCACGAUCCCAACGUAUAUGAACCUGUUCUUCCGAACAAUCUGAACUGUCCGCGAUGGUCGAUUCUGCUGGGCUCCAGCUUCGAAAUCGGGCUCGACAAGGUCCGCCACAUCAUAACUCUCUCGAUUGCCGGCGAGCGGAUCUACGCGCUCUUCAGGCCCGGAGAGUACUUUUUCCUGAAUCACAGAAUGGUACGCAUUUGGAACUCUUUCAAUCAUUUCAUUUUUUAUCAGGUCGCGUUCAAAGUGUGCGCCUUCUCGGUCGGCUGGGGCGUCGCCGACAUGCUAUUUCUGAUAUUGGAGGACGACAUUUUCACGGUGAGCUCUUCGCAAUGACAACGUCACGGAGAAAGAAUGUGCAGGAGUUUGAGAGCGCGUAAACAGGUGAAAACAUCCGAGAAUAGGGGCCGAUUUAUAAAUGGAAUGAGUGCGGAGCGAGGCGUAUUUCUGGCACAAAGCCCAGAGUGAGCAAUUGUUGGCCGCUCUGAAAUGUGGUGCUCAGUGGUCUCCUAUUAAUGAUGAACGCAACGUUCGGAGGGAUUCAAUGCACACACAUAAGAAUCGCCUGUUUUUGGGAAACUCAAUUUCUGAGAACAAUUAGUAAAAACAAAACAGAUAUUCCAAUGUCAGUACUGAAGUUCCCCGAGACGAGCGGAAAAUGUACUAUCAGGGAAUUUAAAAGUGAACGCGCUCUAGGGACUAGUUUUCUGGGUUGUUUUUCAUUUGAAUUCUAGAAGAACUUUCCGUGUUUUUAUUUAGUGCAGGGUCGGAAAACACCUAGGACGACUUUCAAUGUCGGUAAUUAAAAACAAGAUAUCACAGCUACCGGCAGAAAUACCGACAAGUUGACAACUAAUGCAUUGAUCAUUGACAUAUUCUGUGCAUUGCAUCAGUUGCUCACUUUUUGAUAUCACUACAGGCAGCUGAUAUACUGUCUCUAACUUAUAAAUGUAAUUUUAUCUUCAAAUUGGCAAUUCCAGAUACGGAUCCACUGUGUGACGACUUCGGCUUCCGGUCCCGCUUUCCAUCUCUACUUUCUUCUCUCCACAAUAUUCUUCGGCAUUCUCCUGUCACUCGCCUACUUUCUGUUUAUUUGCAAACUGUUUGUACUUCGUGGAACUCGAGUGAUAAAUGUGAAGAAGAGGUGUCGGGAGAACUUCCAGCAGGUACUCUUCCAUCGGUGCUGACCCGAAUCGGAACUUCCCGAAUCAGAACUAUUUUCAGUGCUAAUUGGUUCUGAUUCGUAACAGUUCUGAUUCGGGAAGUUCCGAUUCGGGGCAGCACCCUUCCAUCUUCUUCUCUUCUUAUUUAUAAUCUGCGCAGGUCAACUCUCUCACCGUAAUGGUCAUUCUGAUGGUGGUCAUUUUCAACGUGCUUCCCGGUCUUUUGUACCUCUACGACAUGAUCAUCGGCGAAGUGCACUUCAUGAAAUGGGGUCCGAUUGUGACCAUCGGAUACCAUUGUUACGGAGUGCUCUCCGUCUUCUUCUACAAUUAUCGUCACCACGAGAUCCGAGCUGCUCUCAAGUGAGAACUCGGAUCGUUUCAUAAGCUUGAAUAUUGUUUUUUCCAGCAAAAUCGAGUUCAUCCGCGACUUUGUCAACUGCGACAAAUCUCCGAAGAGUAGCACGAAAAGCUGCGAAGGCAGCGGCCAGUUUAGCAAUAUCAUCAAAGGAGUUCCGAGCAUGGUAAAUAUCGGAGAAUUGAGAAUCAGUGCCACGUGGCAAUCGGGCUCAUUUGCAGAUAGUCUCAAAACUCGGCAACUCGAAACCCUCAAUUGUACUCGUUUCGGAGAGCAACGACAACGAAAACGACAACGAGAUCUUCUUGUGA